AGCAUUUAAACUCACCAUCCACGCAGGAAGCGUGAAGUGUCUCUAACUCCCUCGUGCACGUGUAAACUGAUCUGUGCAUAAAGCAGUUUUGUGCACCAGCAACCGCCUACAAGCCGGCGGCGGUGGGAAGACAUGUCCGGGUCUGAGGAGAGGACCCUGCUGGACCUGAACCUGCGCAGGGAGACCUGGUGUCAGGUGGAAAUGGACCCCCGACAGGCCUGGGACCGGACCGCGAGGAAGCACUACCGGAAGCACCUGCGGACCAGCCCGGUGCUCCUGGCGGCCAUGACCGACGGACCGCAGCGCGGAGCGGCCCGCACCGAGCAGCCGCUGCCGGUCCAACGUCCGGAGAGAAGACACUUUGCAGAGAGCUGUAAGUCCGGCUCAUCACGCGGAGCCGAACUCCAGGUUCUGGUGACCCAGUUUCUACAAUACUGUAAGAACGAGCCCGUUGGAUCCUUUUCUUCUUUCUUUCAGGUAAAUCUCACCUGGUGUAGAAGCUGCAGUCUGACCAGAACACAACCAGGAUCAAACUGGACUAAACCAGAAGCCACGAUGUAGCGUUAUGAGAAGAAAAGUAAAAUAGAAAUAAUCAGUGAAUACUGA